GGAAGAAUCGUUUCGUAACUAUUUAUAGGCGCUCGUGUUCUGCAAAAGACAUUUUCGGACAUAGGAAAAGUGUUAAAAUAAUUCUUUAAUUGUAAUCAAUUUGUGCAAAACCUGAUAAAUAAAAUCUAAUUUUAAACUUAAACAAAAAUGGCCACAGAUGCACAAACCAAUAACGAAGAUUACUCCCAAGAAUACGGGGAUGACGAAAAUAGCCAAGAAUAUGAUGAUGAUCAACAAGGAGAUUAUGAUGAUCAAGAUGAAAAUGAUGACUACAAUGACCAAAGCCAAGACCCAUCAGGUGGAGGUGGUAAUUCGUCUGGUAGUCCUAAGUACAUACGUUUACGGGGUCUGCCUUGGUCAGCGACUCAUCAAGAAAUUUUAGAUUUUCUAAGGAAUGUAAAUGUUGUUAAUGGUUCUAAGGGUAUUCACCUCAUUACCAGUCGUUGGGAUGGUAAGAAUACCGGCGAAGCAUAUGUUGAAGUACUGGGUCAAGACGAUGUAGAAGAAGCGCGCAAAUUAAACAAAGGUUCUAUGGGACAUCGCUACAUUGAAGUAUUCACCGCCAAUCCAAAAGAAGCCAAAGAAGCCAUGCGAAAAACUGGUAGUCAUGGCAUAUCAUAUGUUGUGAAAUUGCGUGGGCUGCCAUAUGCAGUUACCGAGCAGCAAGUUGAAGAAUUCUUUAGUGGGUUGGAAAUCAAACCGGAUCGGGAGGGAAUACUUUUUGUUAUGGACAAAAGGGGUCGUGCGACUGGGGAAGCUUUUGUUCAGUUCGAAAGCCAGGAUGACACUGAACAAGCCUUGGGACGUAAUCGGGAAAAGAUUGGGCACAGGUACAUUGAGAUCUUCCGUAGCUCGCUGGCUGAACUGAAGCGUGCUGCCAAGGGCAAUGGGCGCACUGGUCCAUAUGAUUUAAAAGAUCGUGGUGGCAAUCGCGGCAAUGAUUACGGUGGCGGUCGAAAUAUGCGUGGAGGAAACGAUUGGGGCAACAAUGGCGGUCCGUUCGGUAUUGGGGCCAACAACACCCUGGGCUUCAAUAACCUCCCCAGUUUCACCAAUUCUGGUAAUUUCGGCAAUAACUUUGGGCCGAAUGGCAGUGGUGGAGGCAGUGGCGCUGGUGGCUUCGGAAACGGCGGUAAUGGUGGUGGCGGUUUUGGUGGUUUCGGUAAUAGCGGUAACUUCGGUAAUGGCAAUGGCAACAACGGCAACUUUGGUAACGGUAACGGCAAUGGCGGUUUCGGUGGAAAUAACCGUUUCAACAAUAGUGGAGGCAAUUUUGGCAACGAUUUUGGGGAUUUUGGAAAUUUUGGCAACAACCGAAACUUCAGCAAUGGCGGAAAUUUCGGCAAUGAUUUUCCUGGCGGUAAUAAUCGCAAUGGCGGUGGCGUCGGUGGUGGUCCAAACAAUGGUGGUAGCGGCGGUGGAAACUUUGGUAAUUUCGGCAACUUUGGUAACUUCGGUAAUAAUGGUAGUGGCGCCGGCGGCGGUGGUGGUGGCAAUAGCAAUAUGAGUGGUGGCUUCAAUGGUGGGAACGCUAUGGGCAGUGGUAACGGUAACGGGGGCAAUUUCGGUCCCAUUGGUGGCGGUCGGAAUGACAGCGAGUACUUCACCAUACACAUGCGAGGGCUGCCAUAUCAGUCCUAUGAAAAUGAUGUUUUCAAGUUCUUCGAUCCAAUUCGCCCAGCCAAUGUACGUGUUAAUUUCAACAAGAAAGGUUUGCACAGCGGCACUGCUGAUGUUUUCUUUGAGACAUACGAAGAUGCACAACUCGCAAUGAAACGACAUCGCGAGCAAAUGGGUUCACGCUACAUUGAGCUCUUCUUCGAUGGCAAGACCAAAGUCGGAAAUAUACAGGCUGGCGGCGGAGGUGGCAACUACAAUCGCCGCAUUUAAAGCAACAUCGCGAAACGAAGUUAACUUCUUUACAUUUUAUAAAAUGUAAUCAGGAGUAAAUGUGACUCAGCUCGAAAGGAAAUUGAGAAAAUGUUGCAAUAACUUACAAAAAAUUUAAUAAAAACAAGUAUUCCAAGCAAUGUCA